AUGACGUGCCUCAUGUCCUCCAUGCGGAGGGAGAAGGGCAAGCUGAAGAGGGCUGGGCAUGCCAAAGUCCCAGGGCCAGCCCGAAGUAAUCCUGAAUGGAAGUUUAACGUAAGUCCGUGGUUUGCCUUUAAGAGCUUGCAGUUCCUUUGGGAGAAGGACAAACCGCGGGAAAUAGGCACAAUUACUGAGAGGGAACAAGAACAGAAAGUAUGCCAUAGGGAAGAAGACCAACUUACCCUUUUGGUCAGGGGACAGGCGUUGCUGAGAGUGCACCCAAUUCCUUGCCACAAGUUAAAGCAAGAAAGAAGAUCAAGUUACAAGAUCAACGCUCAGACACAGCCUCCCAGCCACCGUAUGCACCAAGCUCUUCAGACGAUGAGACACAAGAUUUUGCAAACUUUGUUGCUAAAAAAUUACGAAAAUAUGACAGUUUUUAAAUCGGCUGCAUCCAACAACAAUAAUGAGCCGUCAACGAAGUCUCAAAUAUCUUGCAGUUUCAAGUUCAUGAAUUUAACAUUCCUGGCCAGCUCAAGUAAGUCUCACGAGACUGUGUCAUAG